GGACUCUACCGUUUGUUCGAUUGACGCGCCAUCUGCAAAAAAUCAUAUAUAUUUUACUAAGUGUGCGAAGAUAGAAAGUUAGGUUAGGUAACAAUCAUGUUUCUUCAACUUAGGUUUCAAUAAAAAAGUUCGCGUUAAAAGUAUAUCUGUAUAAAUUGUUAUUCGUUAAAGUUGAAAUAAGUCUACUGAUUAUAAACGAUUUUUUAGAAAAAUGCCUGCUUACGAGAUGCCCCUUUUGUUGAAAAUCAUGACAAGGCCGGAGCUAGUUGUCACGUUGAAAAGAACAGCGGAAUCUAUUUUUAAAAAAGGCGGAUUCAUCAGAAAAAUUGAUAAUUUAGGAAAAUUAGCAACACCCUAUAGAAUGUCAGCUAACAAUGAGACUCACAAAGAAGCCAACUAUUUUAUAAUUCAUUUUGACUUGCCACCAUCAAAGUUGGCAACCCUUAAUGAAGAGUGUCAACGAGACAUUGACAUUGUUAAAUGCAAAAUAUACAAUAAAAAUGAGGAUAAAAAGAUUGAAUGUACAUUGCAUGAAGAAUUACUACCUCCAGCAUAUAGGCCUCAAGUCCAAAAAAUGCUGGCAAUUGGAGCAAAACAACAAGCUAAAAAGGAUAAGUUAAAGCAUAAGUUUAAGUUUAAUACAGGAUUGGAUUACUAUCCAUUCCAGAGAUAAGUCGAUUGAAAUGUUAUACUUUUUUGUCAAAAGUUUUGUAUAUAUCAUAUAGUAGAAAAUAAAAUUUUACAAAGAUAAUA